UGCAUCCUCUCUUUAUGCUGACACAAGCUUGCAUGAAUGACACGAGCCUGAUAUGGCCAGAUGACUGAGCUAGAGAGAGGGAGCAAGCAAGAGAUACAGAGAAAGAGAGAGGAACAGGAUCAGGAGCUCAGGAGGGCAGAGAGAAGAGAUGGACUGAGGAGUCUUGGGAAGCAAAUGAACAUUUAUAUACGCACUGCUCAAGUACAGAACCCCAAGCCCAGGGCUGAGCGCAGAUAUGCAGGAGUCACCAGGUCCCAUAGGUGUGGAUGGAGGCUAUGCCAACAACGUGCCGGCGUUCCUCACUAAGCUGUGGACGCUGGUGGAAGACCCAGAGACCAACCAUCUCAUCUGUUGGAGCACUACUGGUACCAGCUUCCAUGUGUUUGACCAAGGCAGGUUUGCCAAAGAGGUUCUGCCCAAAUACUUCAAACACAACAACAUGGCCAGCUUUGUGCGCCAACUCAACAUGUAUGGCUUCAGGAAGGUGGUGAAUAUUGAACAGAGUGGGCUGGUGAAGCCGGAAAGAGAUGAUACAGAGUUUCAGCACCUGUACUUCCUCCAAGGCCAUGAGCAUCUUCUAGAACAUAUCAAGCGCAAGGUGUCUAUAGUAAAAAGUGAGGAAACUAAAUUCAGGCAGGAGGACUUAAGCAAGCUCUUGUAUGAAGUACAGGUGCUUCGCAGCCAACAAGAGAACAUGGAGUGCCAGAUGCAAGAUAUGAAACAGCAGAACGAAGUAUUGUGGAGGGAGGUGGUGUCACUGAGACAAAACCACACACAGCAGCAGAAAGUUAUGAACAAGCUGAUUCAGUUCCUGUUCAGCCAGAUGCAGGCGAGCCCCCCCAGCACGGUCGGAAUGAAGAGAAAAUUGCCCCUGAUGUUAGAUGAUGGCGCCACCACUCCUCCUACCUCCAAACUCAGUCACAGCCACUCCAUGGAGUCCAUACAAGAGGCCUUCUACAUCCAAUCGCCAUCCACAGAGGCUGCCUCCUGUUCCACUAGCAACACAAUGACAGUAGGACCGAUCAUCGCUGAUGUUACUGACAUGUCACAGCCUAGUGCAAUGGCUAUUCAAAUGGAGGAAGCACGGGAAAGGUGUCCAAUGAUUAUUAAAGAAGAGCCAGUGAGUCCAGGUGUGCACAGAUGGAGUGAGGACAUUUCUUGUGGUGUGUGUACGGAACCCCCGGUUCUCCCCUUGGCCAUGGUACAGUCCGUCCUAGAGGGCCGAGGGUCAGGUCCUGGAGAGAGGAGGGCCAAGAGAACCAUAGACAAGCCAGAACCUUCUGAAGCUGUUGAAAAUGUGGACAUGAGCUUUGAGGAACUACAGCUGCUCCUGAGAAACCACCAGCAAAGUAUAGAGUCCAGCUCUGCCAAUGUGGAUGCAUUCACUUUUAGCAUGCCCAUCAAUGAGUGGAACUUCACAGAGAUGGACCCAAAUCUCAAAUCAGAGUUGUCCAACAUCCUUGUCCCUGCUGCUAUGUCUCAGUACAUGUUCCAGUGCCAGGAGGGUGAAGUGUGCAAUUCUAAUGGCUGUGAGGAACAGUAAGAUCCUGACAGUUCAUCUGGCACAAGUUCCUCCUCCCAGAACAUCAGUAUGGGACAUACAGAAGACAUGGG